AGUGUCUAUAGUGGGAAAAAUCGCUGGAGCAGCCCGUGGAUUCAUUCGGUACACGCGUGACCCGAGGAACGCCGCAAGCGCGGAACGUACGAUUCUUUGUCUGACACGGACGAAAUCGAACGUGCACAUGAUAAGUACCUUAGAAGAAAGUCCUCCGAGAUUCUCGUGAGCGUCGGUCUGCUGCGUACGACGAAGAUCGAACAACGGAGUCCGCGUCCCACCCAAUCGGUCCUCUCGAAUCAUCGCGGCCGACACUUAUCAUCGGGCAAGGGGGAACGAAGGAACGGACGAACUAGCCGUGGACCUCGGCGCUGCCGUCCGCUGGAAUUUCUCCUGUCGUCGUCUGCACGCAACCCUUCUCUCUUUCCCUCACCCGUGGGCCCUCUCUUUCUCUGAUCGCACCGCCUCUCCCUCUCUGUCCCUGUUAUCGUGGCAUCGUCACCGCUCCUUCUCUGCCCACCAGCGCUCCCGUGUCCGCCUAUAUUUCGCAUCAUCCGAAUAGAAGAAACGUGAUCAACAUUCCCGUGUUUCGUUGAACUCGUUGUGUGCGCGCGCGAGUGACACGUUUGGCUGGCUUUUUAAUGACCGCGGCAAGUGCUGACCGUCCUCUCGGCUGCUGCGCUCCGUUGGAUCGUUGGUCGACGCGUGGAUAUCCGGAGUGGAGAGACGCGGCUCGAUCCCGGCCCUACGGAUCGUAUACGUGAUCUAGAAGAAGCGACGAUGUGCAGCCGUGCCGUUGGAACGUUGCUGGACGCGAAAUAACCGAGUCAACCGUCCCGACGCGUUGCCAAUUAUUAUCGUUAUUAUUAUUAUUAUCGUUCUUCGUUGGCCGGAUCAAACCGUCGCCUCGUGCAAGCACACACGGCGCGUAUCUCUAUGCUCCCCGUGGCGGGAAGAGCAGCCGUUUAUCGUCGCUCCGUGCCGUGUUUAUCGGACGACGCGCGACAACGGGAGGAGCGAUAGUAGUGCAACCAUGCGUCGCUGUACCUUGAAACGUCACAGAUCACGCUGGACGAACUCUUGAGCGAGGAGAUCACGAGACGCGCCGCGAACCAUUCAACCUGGCGGAAUCGUCGAACACACGCAAGACGUACCACGGGGAGCACUGGCUCGCGCUCACGCGAAUAUGAGCAUGACUCUCGUCCGGAAUACGUUCAAAGGUUGCAGCGAGGACGAGGCAGCAGGUGUCGUGAACGCGGACGUGGGCGGAGGUUGCACGGCCGGGGCGCCAACCACAGGAAAUGCCGUUGGAGGUGGCAGCAGUACAGGUAGCGAAUCUGGCGGUGGUGGCGGAGAUGGCGGUGGUGCAGGAACAGGAGCAGGAGGUGGAGGUGGCGGCGGCGGCGAGGGCGGAUCGACGAAACAGGGUGGCGAGAGGUGCCCCCAGUGCGGCAUCCUCUGCCGGGACGUCCACGUGCUCCACCUUCAUCUCGAGGACACGCACAAGGCCUCCUACGCCAUCGACAAGAACGAUCUCAACGCUCAAUUCCCCCAAGUGUCGUGCAAGGUGUGCAGCAAGACUUUUGCAAACGUCUACCGACUCCAGAGGCACAUGAUCAGCCACGAUGAGAGUGCCGUGCUUCGUAAGUUUAAGUGUCCCCAUUGCGAGAAAGCCUUCAAGUUUAAGCAUCACCUCAAGGAACACCUCCGCAUUCAUAGCGGUGAAAAGCCAUUCCAAUGCAAUAACUGCGGCAAACGUUUCUCCCAUUCGGGUUCGUAUUCGAGUCACAUGACCUCGAAGAAGUGCCUGAUAGUGAACUUAAAGAAAUCCAGGCACACGAACGUGAACAACGUGGACCGUGGCCCGAAAAAGGCGCAACAACCCCUGCCGCCGGGACGGCGCGAGGUCGAUCUGCUCGCGGCGAAUAAUAACACUUUCCUCCCCAUCCUGCCGAAGCUUUCACCCUCGGAUUAUCAGGAGAUACAACGGGAAGGAGCGGGUAUUUACGACAUGCCGACUCUUUUGCCGUUGAUGAUGGGCUUCGGCAAUUAUUUCUUACGGACGUCCCUCGGCAAGGUCUUGAAUCAGCUACAUUCCAAGAGAUUGGACGAGGUAGCCGACCAAUUCGACUCGCAUCGGGAGCUGAUGAGCCCGUCGACGGCGGACUCUGAGGGCACGGAGGGCACCGAGGGUAAGGAAUCGCCGGCGCCGAGCGAUCCUCAGGGUCUCGACGCGGUUCGACGGAUCCUCGAAACGGUGAACACCUCUGUAACGAAGCAACUGCUCGAGGCUAACGUACGGAAACUGUCCACGUCGCCGGCUACAAUGAAACGGGAGUUCGAGGAAGAUUAUCAAGACCAAGACAGCGAGAUGUCCAGCGAGAUGACGCACUGCCCGGACUGGUCGACGACGGAUCAAUAUGAUUCGCAGAGCGAGGGCCUGGCCGCGAAGCUCGAGGAUGUGAAUCAGCCUCGCGCGAAAUCGGGCUACAAGAGGAAGCCGGAGGACAGUUCGGAGGCGGACUCCGAGGACGAGGAGGACGGUACACAGACGCACAGCGAGAACGGUAGGCGAGUCAGGGCUAGAUCGUUGAUAGACGACGAGCAAUUGGCCGUUCUCAAGGGUUACUACGCUAUUAACCCUCGACCCAAGAAGGAGGAGAUUCUUAUGAUCGCCAACUACAUCAAUUUCCCCACUCGCGUCGUACAGGUCUGGUUUCAAAAUUCCCGAGCGAGGGACCGGCGAGAAUCGAAAAUACCAGCGUUGGUGCCGUUGGUUAAUACCACCAGCCAGACGGCCAUUGAGCAGCCAUUGGAUCUGUCGAAGAAGGAAGCGCUCACGGAGGCGCCGUGCAAAGAUAACGGCGCUGUCUCUACGAAGCAGGUGUCAUCGCCUCCCAUUGAACCGAAGAACGAUAAUCCGCCGGUGCAUAACCAGGAACCGGAUGAUCUCGAGGACUCGCCACUCGUCAUUGACGAGGAGACCACAGAUUCUGUGGAAACGAAGCGCUCGGCCUGGGCCGCGGUGGAAAUUCCAGAGAGUCAACCUCAGACGAACGUGAAAAACGAGAGCGAGAACGUUAGUCAACCAGAGGGUCCGCCAGCGGCGGAGAUCGAGCAGGGUGUCUACUUCUGUGAUCGGUGUGACAAAACAUUCUCCAAGCACAGUUCCCUAGCAAGACACAAAUACGAACAUUCCGGGCAAAGGCCGUACAAAUGCAUGGAGUGCACAAGGGCGUUCAAGCACAAGCACCAUCUGACCGAACACAAGCGACUGCACAGCGGCGAAAAGCCCUUCCAGUGCUCCAAGUGCCUCAAGCGCUUCUCUCACUCCGGCUCCUACAGCCAACACAUGAAUCAUCGUUCCUCCUACUGCAAGCCAUAUAGAGAAUAGAAGUAUUCCUGCUAGUUAAAAAAAAAACAAAAACGAAGACGCUCUCUGGCUGGCUCAGUAAGUAUGUACGGUCCUUCUUUCCUUCCACGGCACGGGACUCGGCAUUUAAAAAAAAAAAGAAAGCUUACGAAAUUGCUACGAUAUUACUCUCGUGUUCGGCGACGCGCGUAGAAUUUAUGUAGUAAACGAAACCUGGCGACGAGUCUUCCCGACGGGAUCCAUCGCACGCGUUUCCGUUCGAGCUUGCGUGAGACGCGGCGAACAAUAAUUAGAGCCUAAAGAAUUAGAUUUAGAUGAGGGCGGGAACGCGCGCCAUAAGUUAACGGUGCGAUUUCUAAGAGGAAGGAUGAUGGGUGGAGACUUAGGGAAGACCGCGAAAUGAGGCCCGAUGAAUCGCGACUCUGUUCGAGCAGCAAACAGUAUCGUCCAUGUGUCUCGUGAGUUUCUUCUCAAGUUCGUUCUCGCGCUAGAAUAGCAGAAGGAGCAGAAACGAAGUAAGAAGUAAGUAAAAAUAAAUUUCGCGACGGCCUCGAGUCGGCGUUUCGAGCAUUUCGACGAAAGAAACCAAACAAUACGCAACGGUACCAAAAAUGCAUAAUGCAAUAAUCUAUUAUAUAUUAUAUAUAAUAUACAUAAUAUUUUAGUAUUUUUAUUAACAAGAUUAUUAUAUAUACCAUGACAAUAAUAAGGAAACUAAUUAACGUACAAAUUUGUUAGCCACGUUCGCACGGGGCACGCGAUAAUAUUCGUUCGCGGCGCGCAAAAACUGGCGAAGGGAUAUGGUGACGCGAUUUCAAGUUUCAUUUCGGAGUAUUGGUCGCGCGUGUGCAAUUCGAUAUUCUAUGAACGGUGAACAAUUUUAUUAACAUUUCCGAAUGAUUUGUUUAAACGGAUGAAAUACUCAUAUAUAGGACAAGCGCACGUUCCUAAAUCAAACGAAUUUCAAUCGUUUUAUUUAUUAUUCUCGAGUAAGAAACGUGAUGAGAAUAUUUAAAAGAGCACACGUGCAAUUAGAUGAGAACUAGAGCCAGGAGGUAGAGGGUUCGAGGACGGUGGCAACGCCGAACGGGGCGAAAAUCCAUUUGAAUUUAAACCGCUGAAAACUGAGAGAGCUUAAAAACCGAAAUUCCGAGUAACCGCUGAGAAACGGAGACUACAAUUGUUUCUAGCCGCGUUCGGCCCUUGACUCGCGAUCGACCGACUUUUCAACUUCGAUCCCAGGGGUGGUUCGGCCGAGUUACAAUUUUAUUCUACGCAGCGUAGAGGUGUUUCUGGGCCUUAUCUAUCGGUGAUCGAUGCCAUCACGAGUAACUUUCGAUCGUUGUGUACUUACUUUGAAUUCCGCAUCGUCGGCAUUCCCCGAAUGAUACUCGAGAGAUUCACGAUUUUAAAUUAUACCAGAUCUCACGGUAGUAACUGUACAUAAAUUAGAUUUUACCCCUUUUUUUGUACUAUUUAAGUAUUUUAUACGUUUGUCUUCGUGUACGUCGAAUAACUUUUUUUUCAUUCAAUCCAUAUAACAUUCUCAGCUUCGAUUCCUUCAUCAUAUUUUACAGCAACUGAUAUAAUCAGGAUCGUCGCAUCGCUUGAAUCUCCGUGUAUUAUUUCUCAUACGUCAAGGAAACGGAUUUCGAAGCAAAAUGAGUUCCGUGAUCUCUAGGAAUUACUUUUAACGAAAGCCUUAGACAUUCCUUGAGAAUCGACGCCGCAGUUCCCUUCCUUUUUAUUUAGUUAUCACACGAAGCAUCACCAUGGCCUCUCGUACUUUUUGUCGUGCUCACACUGUGUUCCGUCGCGUCGCGAGAAAACACAGACGGGACCGGUCGAGUUUACCGAGACAGGAAAAUGGCAUCGAGAACCUCGAAAAACAGAAAUAAAGAAAGAAAAGAAAAGAAAUGAAAAGAAAAGAAAAGAACAAGAAGUAUGGGACGAGAAAACAAAAUAAAAAUAGGAGAACGAUCCCUUCACCGAGAUCCGGACCCCGAUAACUCUAAGUAUAAUAUUAAAUGCUUCCAGUGCUGUACUAUUAAAAACAGAUAAACAAAAAAAUUAUUAUUA